AUGGCUGAAGUCGUCGGUGCGGUGUUCGACGGAUUGACUUUGGACGGUAAGUACCAGUUAAUUGGUCACAUCCGAAGUCAAGUUUUUCUGGGCCACGACAAGUUCAGCGGAGAACAAGUAGCCGUCAAGAUUGAGGUAAACGACGCGAACAGUAAAUCGCGACUUCGGCACGAGCACGAAGUUUACAACCACCUCAGAGACGAAGUAGCGGCUAUACCGUCCGUCCUGUGGUACGGGCACGUGGGAGAGUACUCGGUCAUGGUAAUGGAGCUGUUGGGACCACCGUUGGACCGUUUGCUGCACAAGUGCGGCGGCACGUUCGCCGUAAGCACCGUGGCCCGAUUGGCGGUGGGCGCGAUCGGGCUGCUCGAGUACUUGCAUUGCAAAGGAUUCGUGCACCGGGACGUCAAGCCGGCAAACCUGCUGAUGGGCCUGGGCGGGCAGGUGGGCCGCGUGCACCUGAUCGAUUUUGGGUCGGCCAAACGGUACCGAAACGGUAAAAUGCACGCGCCGUACGGCGAAGGGAUUCCGUUGGUAGGAACGCUCGAGUACGCCUCGCUAAACGCGCACCUGGGCUUAGAAGUGUCGCGGCGGGACGACAUGGAGUCGCUGGGCUACGCGCUCGUGCACAUGGCCAAGGGCCUGCCGUGGGACGGUCUGGAGACGGCCAGCAGCGUGACGCAACGGCGUGAACGCAUAUGCGAGAAAAUGAUCUCCACGUCGGCCGAAGAACUCUGCGACGGACUGCCGAUCGAAUUCGUCGCGUACUUGGACCAUUGUCGGCGGCUGCGGUACGAAGAGGCUCCCAAGUACGCGGCUUGUAAGUACCUGUUCCGGUAUAUAUGCGGCGAUGACGACGCGCCGUACGACUGGACACUGUUGGGCCAAAACGAAUGCGUCCGGAAAAUAGCCGCCGUCGGCAAACCUGACACGUUCGAAGUCAGUGCAAACGUCAUCACACCCGACACGAUUUCGUCUCUUAACUGUUCUGUACACACAUCAACGUUUAUAUAA